UUCACGGUGACUGACGGGUCCGCCGUUUUCCAGACGUUAGUGUCCUGAGCAUAUCAGAUAAAUCCGAGUACACUACAAAGAAAUCCGUCUGUCUCACAACUCCGUGGUAUACAGUACCGUGUCCCUUUAAAAUCCUCUGACUAAAAACCCAUAUGAUCCCAGAGCUCCAAUCACCAAUUCCUUCUGCAAAAGCAGCCUCUGCAUUCUGCUCCGUGUGAAUGCUACUGGGGGGCAAGGACCGGGGAAGAGGGGAGAGCUGAAGAAAUGUGAAAUUCAACGAUCCUUUUCAUGGCGAACGGAAAGCAGAUGCAAAGGGAGUUAUACUGGGACUCCUGUGAGCCUCGACCCACCGGAUCAAAAUGCUCCUAGUGGAGAAGACCUCCGACUUCCCCACAGCCGAGUUCUCUCUGGUGGAGGAUGUGGCGCUGCACUUCACUUGCCUGAUGGAGCGGCUCAAUCAGCAGCGCCUCUUCCAACCCGCCCUGUGUGACGUGGACAUUGUCCUGGUGCGCCAGCGCAGCACCUUCCCCGCCCACAAGGGGGUACUGGCGGCCUACAGCCCCUUCUUCCACUCCCUGUUCGCCCAGAGCAAGCAGCUGCGGCGCGUGGAUCUGUCGCUGGACGCCCUGACCUCGCAGGGCCUGCAGCAGAUCCUCAAUUUCAUCUACACCUCCCGCCUGCUGGUGAGCAGCCGCUCCGUCAGGGACGUGCUCAACGCCGCCACCCUGCUGCGCAUGAGCGACAUCGCCGCCUCCUGCCGCGACCUCAUCUGCAGCCAAUCGCUGAGGACCGUCGCCGGGGCCGACAUGACCAAGCAGGGGGGCCUCGGAGACGCGGCCCCGGGGACGAGGCCCGUGCCCGGCCAGCUGUACCGGGAGAUCAAGCAAGAGUCGGAGGGGCUGGGGAGGGUGUACACCACCAGGGAGGGCAGCAGCCCCUUCUCCGUCAGGGUGGAGGAAACCCCCCUAGGGAAGAGCCAGCAAUACUACCCGGGGGAGGGGGGUCCGGGAGACGGUGUCCUGGGGGCCCUCUGUAAGCUGGAGGUCAAGGGGCCGCUGGAGUCAGGGGUCCCUGAGGGCCACGCCUCCUUCAACCGCGACCAGAUCAUCGUUGAGGUUAACCUCAACAACCAGACCCUUAACGUGUCCAAGGGGCCGGAGGGGGUGCAGGGCCCCGGGCCCCCCGAGACCCCCGGCCGCUCCACUCAUCGCUGCGGCAAUGGGGGGGCUUCUGAGGAGGAGCAGGAGGAGGAGAAUGAAGAGGAGGACGGAGAAGAUGAAGACGGGGCGGCCUUUGAAGAGGGAGAUGGAGGGCCCGACGCUCUGGGGCCAAGCAGCGAGGAGGAGGAAGAGGAGGAGGAUGAGGAGCAGGAGGAGGAGGAGGAGGAGAACAGCCUGGACAUCCCAGGCCUGGAGCUGCCGGGCCAGCUGAUUGAGAGGCCCCAGCGGGGGUCCCGGAGGCUGGCCAUAGGGCAAACGUUGGCCCACGCCUCACUGGCCAAUGUGCGGCAAGGGGGGCGCAAGAGGAGCCUGGACCCCGAGGGCCCGGUCCAAAAGGUGCGGCUGGAGGAGAAGCAGCACUUCCCCUGUAAGAAGUGCCCCCGCAUCUUCAACAACCGCUGGUACCUGGAGAAGCACAUGAAUGUCACACACAACCGCAUGCAGGUCUGCUCCCACUGCGGGAAGCGCUUCCUGCUGGAGAGCGAGCUGCUGCUGCACCACCAGACGGACUGUGAGAAGAGCAUCCAGUGUGUGACGUGCGGCAAGGCCUUCAAGAAGCUGUGGACCCUGCAUGAACACAACAAGAUCGUCCAUGGCUACGCAGAGAAGAAGUUCUCCUGUGAGAUCUGUGAGAAGAAGUUCUACACCAUGGCUCACGUGAGGAAGCACAUGGUCGCUCAUACUAAGGACAUGCCUUUCACCUGUGAGACGUGUGGGAAGUCGUUCAAGCGCAGCAUGUCUCUGAAGGUCCACUCGCUGCAGCACUCUGGGGAGAAGCCCUUCAAGUGUGAGAACUGCAGUGAGCGGUUCCAGUACAAGUACCAGCUGCGCUCCCAUAUGAGCAUCCACAUCGGACACAAGCAGUUCAUGUGCCAGUGGUGCGGCAAGGACUUCAACAUGAAGCAGUACUUCGACGAGCACAUGAAGACCCACACAGGAGAGAAGCCGUACAUCUGUGAGAUCUGUGGUAAGAGCUUCACCAGCCGGCCAAACAUGAAGCGCCACCGCCGCACGCACACCGGCGAAAAGCCCUAUCCCUGCGAGGUGUGCGGCCAGCGCUUCCGCUUCUCCAACAUGCUCAAGGCCCACCGCGAGAAGUGCUUCCGGGUCAGCAACCUGUCACUGGUCGCCGACGGCAACGACCCCUCCCUGGAACUCCCCCACGGCCCUUCCAACGCCGUCGUUUCAGAGAGCACGCCCCCCGCCGAUGCUGUCUCGGGGGCCCGCCCCCUCCAGCCGCCCCCGGCCGGGUCCCACCUCCCCCCCCCGCCCCCACUGUUCUCCGCCGGCAGGAUGAACUCCGGCCGCUGACCCCCCCCGCCCCUUCUCACUCAGACUCUGAGGGGGGACUCCUGAGGGUAAGGGUAAGAGCGAUGGACCUCAGUGACGUUUGCACAGAGGGGACAGCCGCCAUGUUGGAAAACAAAAUGGCUACCACAGUAUGCAUACAGUGUACGUAUAUACAUCUAUAAAUACAUAUAUAUCUACAGAUAUAGUCACGCCAUGGCUUCCACUGUUUAGUUUUGCAGUAAGUGGAAGCUCCUGGUGACAUGUGACAACACUCAACUACUACACAGAGAAAUAGUUACUUUUUUUACUCGGUGAAUACAAUAGAUAACCUCACAGUCUGAUGACCUCACAGUCUGAUGACCUCACAGUCCGAUGACCUCACAGUCUGAUGACAUCACUUUUGGACACCUCAACUAGUUUCACACACACUCUCAUCACCCUGUGUAUUACACUUCAUGUAGGGAUGUUCACAGACUCACACACACACACACACACACACACACACACACACACACACACACACACACACACUCACAC